AUAAAUAUGUAGGGUAAAGAUUUUAAACAUGUUUUAAACAAGUGUUACAAAUUUAACUGAUACCAGCUUCUAAACUUCACUAAGAUAUCAAAGUCUUAUCAUUUUCUUUUAGUAUAUAAGAACAUACAAUCAAAAAUGAAUAACUUAUACCUCACUGACUUACUACAAAUCAGAUAUGUGGAAGAUUGGGCAGAGAGGAGUUCCCUAUUUCCAGAGACUCAUUGCUGCGCCGUUCACGACCUUGCGGUCCUUGCCAACUUCUUUGGUCGAGACAGGGCAGAACCGUGUCAUUGAUGCUUCGUUAACUCUCAUCCGUGAAAGGGCAAAACUCAAAGGAGAGUUAGUGCGACUCAUAGGAGGAGCAAAAGCUACAACAGCUCUUCUUGGAGUACCACUUGGUCACAACUCUUCUUUUCUUGAAGGCCCAGCCUUGGCUCCUCCUCAUGUAAGGGAAGCUAUUUGGUGUGGUAGUACAAACUCCACCACUGAAGAAGGGAAGGAGCUAAAAGAUCCACGUGUUCUAAGUGAUGUUGGUGAUAUUCCGGUACAAGAGAUUAGAGAAAUGGGGGUUGAUGAUGAUAGACUUAUGAAAGUAGUAAGUGAAUCUGUGAAGCUGGUGAUGGAAGAGGAACCAUUGCGCCCGCUGGUCAUAGGUGGAGACCAUUCCAUAUCUUAUCCUGUUGUGAGAGCUGUUUCGGAGAAACUUGGAGGACCCGUGGAUAUUCUUCAUCUUGAUGCACAUCCCGAUAUAUAUGACCGUUUUGAAGGCAAUUAUUACUCUCAUGCAUCUUCUUUUGCUCGUAUCAUGGAAGGUGGCUAUGCGCGGCGGCUUUUACAGGUUGGGAUCAGAUCCAUAAACAAAGAAGGACGGGAACAAGGCAAGAGGUUUGGAGUAGAACAGUAUGAGAUGCGAACCUUCUCAAAAGAUCGCCAAAUGUUGGAAAACUUGAAACUAGGGGAAGGAGUGAAGGGCGUGUAUAUCUCGAUCGAUGUUGACUGUCUCGAUCCGGGAUUCGCGCACGGAGUGUCCCACUUCGAACCAGGAGGUCUUUCUUUCCGAGACGUCCUUAACAUAUUACACAACCUUCAGGGAGAUUUGGUGGGGGCUGAUGUUGUUGAGUACAAUCCACAGCGUGAUACCGCUGAUGACAUGACGGCAAUGGUCGCGGCUAAGUUUGUUAGAGAGCUAGCCGCAAAAAUGUCAAAAUGAAUUUAAAUGGUACUUUGGAGUUUAAUCGUUGAAGCUUGUAAUAUGCAAUAAGUGUGGUCUCAUAGACAUGGUAUCGAAUAAGCUUAAUAUCAAUUGGGUUUUUAGGCCAAAAUAUCAAUGUAUAAUUUGUUAAAUUAUGAUAAGAUGCAUUGUAAUAAGUUGUAAAAGUAAUUUAUCAUAUUGCAAUAUAUGUAAAAAUAAAUUUAGCCCAUUUUAAUGCCACAACCCAAUAUGACUGGUUCUAACUACAUUUUGACCA